ACCGCAUACCUCGAUUAGACCCGCCCACACUGUGUGCAUCAGCAUCAAGCUAAGGUCACUCUCAUUCGGGAACUUACCCAGCACUGCACCGCACCAGCAAAGGAGAGAUUUGCUGCAAAUCCACAACCAAAAUGUCUCUGUCAAACAAACUCACUUUGGACAAGGUGGAUGUGAAAGGGAAGCGCGUGAUCAUGAGGGUUGACUUCAACGUGCCUAUGAAGGACAAGACGAUAACAAAUAACCAGAGAAUCAAGGCUGCAGUCCCAUCAAUUCAAUAUUGUUUAGAUAAUGGGGCCAAAGCUGUAGUUCUGAUGAGCCACUUGGGCCGGCCAGAUGGAGUCCCCAUGCCAGACAAGUACUCUCUGGAGCCUGUGGUUGCAGAACUCAAGAACCUGCUGGGAAAAGACGUUCAGUUCCUGAAGGACUGUGUGGGUCCAGAUGUGGAGAAAGCCUGUGCAGACCCACCUGCAGGUUCUGUCAUUCUGCUGGAGAACCUGCGGUUCCAUGUGGCCGAGGAGGGCAAAGGCAAAGACGCAUCGGGUAACAAGACCAAAGCAAGUCAGGGGGAAAUCGAUUCUUUCCGAGCCUCCCUAUCCAAGCUGGGUGAUGUCUACGUCAACGAUGCCUUUGGAACAGCGCACAGAGCUCAUAGCUCCAUGGUUGGAGUGAAUCUCCCUCAGAAGGCAGCUGGUUUUCUGAUGAAGAAGGAGUUGGACUACUUUGCCAUGGCCCUUGAGAAACCACAGAAGCCUUUCUUGGCCAUUCUCGGAGGUGAAAUGAUCGGCACUUCCCUGUAUGACGAAGAGGGUGCCAAUAUUGUGAAAGACCUCAUGGCUAAGGCCGAAAAGAAUGGUGUGAAGAUCACACUUCCUGUUGACUUCGUCACUGCAGACAAGUUUGAUGAGAAAGCGGCGUCAGGGACUGCAUCAGUAGCCGAUGGUAUUCCAGCAGGCUGGAUGGGUCUAGACUGUGGUCCUGAGAGCUCAAAGCUCUAUGCAGAGGCUGUAGCCAGAGCCAAGCAGAUUGUGUGGAAUGGACCUGUUGGUGUGUUUGAGUGGGACAACUUCUCUCGUGGAACCAAGAACUUGAUGGACAAAGUUGUGGAUGCGACCAAAAACGGCUGCAUCACCAUUAUUGGUGGGGGAGACACAGCAACCUGCUGUGCCAAGUGGGACACAGAAGACAAGGUCAGUCAUGUGAGCACAGGAGGCGGAGCCAGUCUGGAGCUGCUGGAGGGUAAAGUGUUGCCUGGUGUUGAUGCCCUCAGCAACGCAUAAUUGCUCUGAGCCUCUUCUGCCAAGGGUUGGGUGCUCAUCUCCCAAGAAGCUGUCAUUCUUACUCACUCAGCAUUUGUUCAGUGUUCUAUCACCUGUCAGGAUGCAAAUGACAACUACUCCACUCUCUAUGGACUCUGACCUGUUGACUCAUGCACAUUCAGAUCAUCCAUUUGCUUAUCUUCUAUCAAAUAACCUAAAGCGUUUCUCAUUCAAGAUGUUUUCAUCCAUUAUGAGUGAAAGGUUGACAUCAGCAGUAAUGGCUGUUCCUGUUAUGGUUGUUAUAUUCGAGAAGAUGGGUCAUUUGUUUUAUCUGCUUAAGUGUUAAUGUGUCCCAUUGUAGUCUGAAUGUGUGCAUAGUGUAAUCGUUGUGUUGUAAUUCUAAAGUUUAUAUUUGAUAUUUGUGGCCUCCCCACAGAUGUUGAGUACCUGUAAUACUGUAGACACUUUCCUCCCCAUAUUGCACUUGUCAUCCUUGACCUGCAGCUUAUGAGAUAGAUGUUCUGCACUGGAAUUAUUAUGAUGGGCUAAUUGUUAGACCCAGGCGACCUGUCAUGGAGUAAGAAUGAAAAUAAUAAUAAAAAUCA